AUGUGGUUCUUCAACAGCAAAACGGCGAUUCUCGCCUUAGCCCUCUGCCACACCGGCCAAGCUCUCAAGGCGACCAUUCUCGCCGACACCAACCGCGACGGCAAAGUCGAUGUCGAGGGCACCACCGACGUCAAGGGAAAGGCGACAUGGACGACGGCGAGAGGCGCGCUGUUCCUCGCCAACAUCGGCGACACGAAUGGACGCUGCGCAAAGUCGAAGGCCUUCAUCGACAAUAAAGACAACUGGGACUCGGGCGAGACGUAUCUCGACGAGUGCAACGACGCGUCCGGCGACGUUCAGCGCAACGCCAAAUACCUCGCGCCGCUGCGGACCCUCCCCUUCGACAAGCUGAGCGGCGCCGCCAAGGGCACCAUCACCGUCACGGACGCCACGGCUGCGAGCAAGGUGCGCAUCUUUGUCAAGCAGGGCAAGAAGUGGGCGUUUGUCGGGCCCGAGCACAAGUUCACUUCCAAAGAGCUCAAGAGCGGUCUAGAGCUAGGAAUUGACGCUCGCGAUGUUCGCCGACCUGGUGGCUGGAAUGGCACGGCCGUGGUGCACUUCACCGUGUCGGAUGGCUACGAGAAGGCCACCGAUUCAGUCGCGCUCCGUGUCGCUCCCGUCCUGACGCACCACCACGCCCAGCUUGCUGAGAGGGCGCGGUUCGUUGAGGAUCUCGUCGAGAACGUGGCCAACGCCGGCAUCGAAAAGCCCGUCUUCAUGUUCCAGGGCCAGGACAUCUGGACCCAGGACUUCUUCGAGCCGGGCUACACAAGCAUCCCCGGACCUAAAGGGCCCAUCGCUCUCCGAGUCAUGAUCCGCUCCGCCCAAGCCUUCCGCAUGGCCGGCAGAGAGGUCUUCGAGCGCGUCCGAUCGAGCGGGGCCGGCGCCGUGCAGCACCCCGGUAGUGGCUCUACCAUCGACUCGAUGGGCAACCUGGAGACGAUUCCUCCGUAUACGCACAAUGGGAAGAGCUAUCCCGCUGGUCGCGUCAUCAUGGGCCACUGGGGCACAGAAGCGCCUCUCAUGUUUGACUUCCUCAAAGCCCAGGAGAGCCAAGCCCCCCUUGCUCUCGACACGGCCUGGCUGGGCGUCGGCCACGUCGAUGAGUUUCUCCAGUUCUUGCCCGCUGACAACAAGCGCGGCUGGAUUUUGAUGGUCGACAGCCCCCGUGCUGGCCUUGACAUGCUCAAGAAGGCUUCUGCAGAGGGCCACGGCGGUGAGAAGGCACUCUCUCGUCCUCGCCUUGCCGGCGAGGACGAGUCGCUGUGUAUCCCGCAGCGGACCAUUGACGAGGUGCUGAAGCUCGACAAAUUCACCGAGCUCAAUGAAAUGGCCGCCACGCGCAUCGAGAACAACAUCCAGAUCCUCAAGAAGGAGACCGGCCUCACUGACAAGGAAAUCUUCCGCGUGCCAGCGCUGUUUUACCUGAUCAGUGACGAAGGAUGGGGUUGCAACUUGACCAACCCCCCCGACGCCACCCAAAUCGCCUCUGCCGCCGGUCCUAUCGCUACUGCCGCUUCCACUGAAGAACGAGAUAUUGUCGGCGGUCCUUCUGCCAAGGUCAAGAGCAUCCUCGAGGCAGCCCAGCCUCCGGGUCUGGCACGCCGCCAGGCUAUCGUCGACCAGCUUGUAGCCUUCUACCCUGGCGCCAUCAACAGCGUCGUGCUGACUGACUCGCUGGUCCUGGCCCCUACUCCAUGGGGCCCGAUCAUUGACGGUUUGGACAUUUUUGAGAAGGCCAUCUCGGCUGUUUACGCCCAGGUCAAUUUCAAUGUGACUUACCAGGAUGACUGGUUCUCGCAUCAUACCUUGCAGGGUGAAAUUCACUGCGGCAGUAACACGUGGCGCAGUGUGAACAAGAAAUGGUGGUGAUCGACUGUGCAAUCUGUC